UGCUAAACAGUUCUGUCUACGCUUAGCUCCCCAUUAGCACAGACUGCAGCUUGUAAUCAAACAAUUUGUGAAAAUAUGAUAAAAUAACUUUCAAAAUGUUAAACCUUCUUCUCUUUUUUAGUUAUCUACUUCAUUUAGUUUCAGGACAGAGUUGUGAUUCUACAAAAAUACUGAAUGUUACUGCUUUGGAUUCAAACUGGAUUUGUACAGCUUCCUUCAGUAUGCCAGCUCUAGAGUGUCAGAAUGCGUUUGAUGGAAAAGAAUACACUUAUUGGCAUCCGGGGCACAAUGGAACUGGUUCAGUAUUAACCCUUCAAUUGCGUGAUGAUGUUGUGUUGACUGGUCUCAAGAUUUACCAGUACACGUGGAUUACUGGGUAUGCUGAUCUGAUUUCUGUCAACUUUGGAGGUAGAAGUUUCAAAAUUCGAGCAAACGUCAAACGUGAAUUCGUUUGGAAUGGAAAGAUUCAAAAUCGACAAAUAAGAGGAAAGUUUCUGAGAAUCAAAAUUUUAAGUAUUUCUGGUGGCUCUAUGGGACCUUUCAAAGAAGUUCAGCUUAUAGGAUGCUCUUUGCGAGGAGAGAUAGAAGAGGACUAUAAUUCUGUUGGUGCUUACAUGAAAGAUGCACUUACCAGGAAAUGUUUAUGAUUCACUUACCAGAAAAUAUUUAGGAUUCGCUUACCAGGAAAUAUUUAGGAUGCACUUACCAGGAAAUGUUUAGGAUU